AUGGAAAACCAAAAUAAAGAGGGUCCAAAGCCCAAGUUCAUCAGGAGUCUCGGCUCAUAUGCGUUGGGGAACAAUCAUUCCCAUUUGAGCCAACCGUCGUCAAUGUCUCAGUCUCCUGCAGCCAGCAAUGCUAAUUUCGUUCCGGGCUCCACGGCUUCACCAUCAGGGACACCGGCUUCUAAUUACAGAGUCGCACAGGCGUGUGAUAGAUGUCGGUCCAAAAAGACGCGUUGCGAUGGUAGACGCCCACAGUGUUCUCAGUGCGCUGCUGUGGGGUUCGAGUGUAAAAUAAGCGAUAAACUUUCCCGUAAAGCGUUCCCACGAGGUUAUACAGAAACUUUGGAAGAAAGGGUACGGGAACUGGAAGCUGAGAACAGACGGCUCGCUGGACUGUGCGACUUGAAAGAUGAGCAAAUGCAACUUUUAUCCAAGUUUUCAUCUUCUAGCGGCGGGCCCACCGAACCCUCGGUUAAUGAAGAUGAUCAACUCUUACAACAUCUCAGCUCUUCCAACGGCGGUUCCCUUCGUGUCAGCUCGACAAAUGUGUACCUUUUAAACAAAAUGGCCUCGAGAGAAUCUGCACAGCCACAGGGACCGCGAUGUAACGGCGUCGGGUGUAAUCUCUCAGCGCAUGCACAUCUACACGAAAAGCCCGUGAGCACUACUUUACAGGAUCCCACUUCUAUUUCAUUUGAACAACACGAAGCACCCGGGCUUCCAACUGCAAAAGCUUUGAGCUCGAUGGCGAACCACGAGCAAUCUGUUCAACUGGCAACUUUAGUCGCUCUCUCGGUUCCGCGUUCCACAGAGGAAAUAUUAUUUACACCUCAAUUGCUUGCAAGGAUAGGACAAGUGCACGGACUGGCAUCGAAGCAAUGCAUAUAUGCCGCAUCAUUACUGGCGUCUCUUAAAGAGUCUGCUGAAACAAUGAUUCCCACCAACGACAUUUUCACAGAGUUGAGAACAAAAAGUCUUUGGGAGAUGGACGAUCCUAUGCUGUUUUUCACCAAUGCCUGUAAAUUCGACUUCAACAUACAAGCUUCAGCAGGUAUGCUUUCCCUUCAGGAGAUAGAUGAACUUGUGGGCGUUUAUUUUUCAAAGUGUCAUCCAGUCAUCUCCAUUCUUAACGAGAAUGAGUUCUUCAGCUACUACGAGAAAUUUAAACAAAACCUAUCCGAAGGUAAACAUUUCUUCCGUAGCGAUGACUCCUCGUUUUCACAGAGAAACAAAUCGAUUUCUUACAAGAUAUUUGCAUGCAUUCUGAUAAUGGUUUGCCAAUUGGGACUAAUGACCAAGAUAAAAGAACAACAGUUGUCGUCCACAUCUAAGUUUGUGCGCUUUAUGACACACUAUAAUCAUGUGCUAUCGGUACUCCGGUUGAACCCUUACUUUUCAGUAACGACGACUUCGAUACAUUCGCUGCAGUUCAUGUCCUUACAGCUCUUUUAUGCCUUGAACGUUGGUAGCGUGUCUUCCGUUUACGAGCUUAGAGGGAAAAUUGUUUCUAUGGCUCAGCAGCUACGUUUACAUCGCUGCCCUAGUGCAGUCCUAGGUACAGAUGGCUCUACGAUGAGCAAAUCAGAACAGGCCGAAAGGCGGAUUUUGUUUUGGGGAAUUUACUAUUUGGACGUUUUUGCUUCAUUACAGCUCGGAGUUCCAAGACUCUUGAAAGACCAUGAAAUUGAAUGUGCGCUACCGUUUGGUGAAAAUGACAGCCAGACGCGCGAGUUUUCAACGGGGGGCUUUAGGCUUGAGGGCGAAGUUUCUCAACUCUCGUUAGCUCUCAUUCGGUUUUCAAAGGUGGUGGGCAAUGUUGUUGAUUCUAUUUUUAAGCGUGGUAUGACGCCUUCCGUUGUUGUUCAAGUCGCCCUCAUCCAUGAGAAUGCCUUAGACAACUGGCGUCGCAAUCUACCGGAACAACUGAGGUUCGAACUCGAUGUAAAUGGUACCAUCAAUCUUGAAGAGAUGUCUAGGAAGAAAAACUGGAACGAACAACUGAAUAAGGACAAUUUGCGAGAAAGUAAAAUCCUCAUGGUGUUAUAUUUUAUGUUGAAGUGCAUUGUGCACUUACCGGUACUCGCUACCAAGCCUUUGCUAAAUGAGGAGCCAAAACCAAAUGCUGAUAUUUCACAGGGAAGAAAAAGGGGCACAAACACACCGGAUAAUGCAGAGAGGUCGUCGUCUUCUUAUGUUCUUUUGCAGCAAGCGACCACAACUUUGCUGUACGUUUUGGCGUCAAUCAAAACCGUCUAUUUACCUCUUGCUGUGAAUAUUCCACGCAUUAAAUGUCGAUUUGCUUUGCUGAAUGUCAAGGGAAUUUUGGAAUACACUAAGGGUGGUGUACUUUUCCAAGAUAAUAAGGCAUUACUGAUGAAUUUGAUAAAAGAACUUGAACUUGAAAAAACGCUAGAGCUGCCAGGGUGUAUUUCGUGGCACAGUCUAAUCUUAUUGGACAUGACUAUGCUAUUACUUCUGCAACAACCUCAAAAAGAUGCUAAAAAACUCGAUGAGCUACUCCAACGCAGACUCAAUUAUUAUAAUAAACUAAUGGGGCGUCCCACCACAACCAUACCUCAGAAAAGGAAAAACGAGGACAACAACGAAUUUGUUGAGGCGCCCAAACUUACACCUGUUAGUUCUGACAGCGUGAGCCCGCACGAAAAGAGGAUCAAAACGGAAGGGGAUUCCGAGAGUCACAUGCAUAUGCCUCACUGCGACACCCAUGAUGGUACAGUAGGACACUCUCGGCAGAAAACUGGUGCGCAACGGCCCACUCACAAUUUCUUGGCAGAGGCGUUCAACCUUGACUCCGUCUUGACAAGUAAUCCAUUCAGCAAUGGCGACUUGUCGACGUUUUUCAACACCGAGAAUACAAACACGAAUGUUGGAACAGGAGGGGCAUCGGCGCCCAAUUUCGGAGCCAACGAUCCAUUCGCUGCAAACUCGCUUAUGUCAGACGGUCUGUUCAGAGUUCCAAGCAACGGCGACUUUUUGAAAGAUUACUAUCAUAUGCCUGAAGGUGCAUCGACUUCGCAGCUGAAUCUGGCAUUUUCUAACCAGAACGCUGCCGCAGGAGGAUCAGGUAAUCUGCGAACACAACCAACAGUAAAGCAAAACUCACUCCCUGUAGCUGGGUUCGCUGUCGACGCUUCGCUAGGACUAGCACCAUUGCUCGCAUGGUCGCCCGAAGCAGACGCGCAUGCCUUCAAGAGCACCACUCAUGCAGAGAGGUUGCUAAGAGACCAAUUUGAACAGCCGCAAGCCGGAGGCAAUACCACUAAACCGUCAUCACAUGACCCUUAUGCAGAGGGCGAUCAAAACUCACUAUUUGGCAAUUACGACGACAACGCACUAGUAAUGCCCACGCGUUCACAUCGUGGACCUAGACGAAGGUGGCAUUCAACCAGCGGAGCCGCCGCCAUCACGCCUCAGUCCGAAAGAUCAAAACCCAGUCAAAACAAAACAUCGUCCGACGAUUCGACUCUUCAAGACCUCUACAGUUGGCAAAACGCCGGAUUCUAA